CAAAUGCAACAAAAGAAUGUUUUGAAAACGGGACAUGGGCUACAGCAGAAUACGGGACCUGUAUGGUAGAAAAUAUUCGCAAGUUGGACCCUUUUGACAAUGUGUAUUCAACAGAGACUUUGAGCAUCAGAAUCAUAUAUGAUGUUGGCUAUACGAUUACCACCGUUGUUCUGGUUGUUGCCCUGGCCAUCUUCAUUCAUCUGAAAAGUUUAAGAUGUCUACGGAAUUCCAUACAUUGUAACUUGUUCCUGGCUUUCAUCCUCUCGAACAUCACCUGGCUUGUCGUCCACAACACCCUCAACACAGUGUACAGCAGCUCUCCCGAG